CAGAAACACUUGGGGUAAAGGAAGCACAUAAUGUUUCCCCCCUGGAUCCUGGCUGUUGAAGUGAGCUAGUUAUAUUUAAUCCCUGGAUGGCUGAGGGGGUGGGAGAAGAGAGCCUGUGAGCUUUGGUUACAACCUGACCAGCACAAAGCCCCGUUUGUGGCUGCUGCCUCUAUAAACCCAUACUGAGGGAGAGAGUCCAGGCGUUCACAUCUGUCCUCCUCAGCUGUAGGCACACACUACUCUAGAAAGCCUCCAGUGAAAAAUGAAAAAGCCUAUUGUUCUUAUGCUUUUGAGCUGUCUGCUGGUUACCCAAGCCAUGCCGACAAAUCGCCCGUCGUGCUACAAAAAGCUGCUAAAGGGUCGAAGCUGCCAUAACAUCCCCGAAGGGACCGAACACUUACGGCUCAUAGACCAUGGAUUGACGGAUCACUUCUGGGCCGGGGACGACUGUGAGAUUGUGUGCUACUGCAAUUUCCAAGAAUUGCUUUGCUGCCCCAAGGACAUAUUCUUUGGACCAAAGAUUUCUUUUGUGAUUCCUUGCAAUUCCUAAUGAAAAGAAAUUUAACAGCAGCUUGAAAACCAUUCACUGGUCUGCCAAAAACCUGCUUCCCAAGUACACAAUUCUUCUCCUAUGAUCUUCCUAAAACAUCAUUUGUAGAACGUGACCCACAACACAAGAGGUACUAUUUCGCACGAGAAAAAGUGUAAAAGUUAUUUUUUUUUAUGUUUGACGACUCAAAUGACAAUACAGGGCAAAUGCUAAAAUACACUAAACCAUGUACAUGCUUUUUCAAUCUAACAUAUCAAUCAACAAUCUUUGUGGGCCAUCCUACUAAAUAGUUGUUCAAUGAUAUUUAACACCGGUUUGUUUUUAAUAAAGAAAUAAGUUUAAUUUCUGGAUAUUAAAAGAAGCUAAAAUGCAGUUAAAAUACUGAUAUUUAUCCAAACUAAUUAUGUAAUGUGGUAUUUGUCUUCCUUCCAACUGCUGACUCACCCUUUCAAAAUUGUACAUUCAAGUAAAACUUACAAGUACUGAUAUUAUUUAAGUGGGACCUUAAAACCUAAUUUAACA